UAUAAUCAAAACACGACAAUUUUAAACCACAAAUUUAGAUGGAUGGACUACCCCUGAAAAAGACCCAAAAGUGUAAAAUUUUCUUUGAAGUUGUUAACUGCUCUCUAAUCUUUUGUUCUUGCUAGUCAAAAUUAACCCCUACUUUGUUCACCUAGUACGUGCCCAAAACUACAUAACAUGCACUUCUUAUAUUUGAUACUUCAAAAAAAAAUUGCAAAAAACGAAAUAAGGUUUGUAUAUCAAAACUAAAAUGGCUUUGAGAAACAUGGGGAUGACAACUAUGGUUAUUAUUAUGUUGAUCAUAUCGAUGUUUUGGGCAGGGGUUAGUGCUCAACCUAGUUGCCCUGCGGCGUUAACGUCCUUAACUCCUUGUUUGAGCUUUAGUGUCCGAAAUUCGUCCACACCGUCUUCUUCUUGUUGCUCGGAGCUUGCUAAUAUGCUUCAAACGGCUCCAGUGUGUCUUUGUAACGUGCUUAAUGGAGUUGGUGGAGAAUUGCUAGAAGGUUUCCUUGAUCGGACACUCGCUAGUGCUCUUCCUAGUGCUUGUAAUAUGCAAACUCAAUCUAGGAGUCAAUGUGAUGGAUUGGGCUCUCAAGAUAUGGGUGAUAGUGGCAAUGGUGCAUACUCUGGAGGAUUCAUACUAAAGAUACCAUUGACGCUUGCUAUCUUCUUCACAAUAGUAGGAUCAUAUACACUGCAUUUUUAAGUACAUACAACAUACAAUAUGACUUUGUCACAUUUUAGAUUUUACUGGAAAUUCCUUAUACUUUGUAUACUUUAAUUUGUCACAUUUUGAUCAUCUUACCUGUUUAUAUAUAGUAUUGUUUCAUUUUGUUUUGGCUCGCUAGCCUCGUUGUAACUUGUAACU